AAACUAAAUACUAAAUUUUCAUGUAUCUAUCUGUGCUUAUAUAUGUAUAUGUUUAAACAUUGGAGGUUUGAAAUUAUAACCUCUAAAAAUGCUACAACGAGCUCUCAUUUUCUCAUUCCCCGUAUUUUCUCUCAUCUUCGGUCUUUUAUCAGUUUCCGCCAAAAAUUCCAUAAUAUAUGUUAAAUGCUCUAAGCUUUGCUUCACCACCAGGACACCUUACGAGUUAAAUGUCAACUCACUUUUCACAUCGAUAGUAAACUCAGCCUCCGUCUCUACAUUCAACAAAUUCAUAAUCUCACCUCCUGGAUGCUCAGCAAGCGAUGUUGUUUACGGCCUCUUUCAGUGUCAAGGCGACCUUAGCAACUCAGAUUGCAGAGACUGUAUAAUCACCUCAGUGAGUCAAGUAGCGACCACAUGUCCUCGGUCAACCAGUGGAGCCAUACAGUUAGAUGGGUGCUUUCUAAAAUACGAUAAUACAUCGUUUUUUGGGGUUGAAGACAAGAUGGAGGUGUCGAAAAGUUGUGGCCCUCCGAUAAUUGGUUAUACUUCGGUUAUGAACCUUAUAGAUGAUGCACUCGCGUAUCUAAUUGUCGGCAAUGGACAAUACUUUCGUGCGGGAGGGUCUGGCAGUGUGCAGGGUGUAGCACAAUGCGUAGAAGAUUUGAGUCUAAGCGAGUGUGAAGAUUGCAUCUUGGAGGCUCGUGGACGGUUGAGAUCUGAGUGUGAGACAUCGUCUUGGGGUGAUAUGUAUCUUGGAAAAUGUUAUAUCCGAUAUGCUGAUCAUGGGUUCAAACCUGAAAAAGGUAAUGAUAAUAAUAACUAUAAUUUUAAUGAUAAUAAUUAUAACUAUGAUUAUAAUUAUGAUGGAUCGAAAGAAAGAAAGAAAUCAAAACGAGUGAAGAAACUGGCGAUUACAAUUGGAACCUCAGUUGGAGGGGCUUCUUUGAUCAUUGGUAUCAUUGCUGGUACUAUCAUCUACAAAAAGAGAGCAAAGAGAUGCCAUUAAACUGUUCUUAAAAGAUUCUUGGUUCUCCAAUAUGAAGCAAGCUAAAAAUAGAGGGAUUCCCUAGAAACUCCUCAUGUAUUCCUUUUUCACACAACAUCUUAUACGGAUCAAAAUUUAGUUGUACACUUUUUUUUGGGAGUGUUUAUUAUGGUGUGUAUGAUAGCUAGG